AGUUUUAUUUAAAACUGCGUAUGUAUUUAUAAAAUACAUCAAAUUUGCGUGAGUUUAAAAAUAGAUACAGGUAAAAAUGGAGCUCAACUAUCUGCGUUCUAUAAAAAGGCAAUAAGAUUUGAUCGUAUUCGUUUGAUAAGAACUACCUGGUCAGGAGAACAAAGCGCCUGCGCUGUAAUCGUCUAUGAAGCUUUUUUAUCUCACGCAAUUGCGCUUUCAGCUUUCGAGUGGUGACAUUUGGACUCCCGCGCGCUUUCAUACAACAUCACGAGAUGGUCAAGUUGCGCGCAAGGAGAUAUUUUUUUAAGUAUUUGCAGUGAUACAAGUUUUUUUUAGUUUCUUAGUAAACACUAUCGUUUAUUAAUGUAUCAGGUAUACUGUUAUGCCGAGAUGAAUAAUUUUAAUAAGCAAGUCAACAGAGAAGAAGCCAGGUGUAAUAAACUGCUGCAAUAUUAUCUUGCAAGCAACAUGACAGGACUAGCAUGUCCCCCCGAAUUCGACGGCAGUUAUUGCUGGCCAUCGACGCCUAGCUCAACUCUAGCCCAUAUCCCAUGUCCUCUACCGGAACGACAAAAUGAAACAAUGACCAGAUGGUGCUCGGCAAAUAUUACAGAGAUAAGCGAUUCCAAUAUCACAGUGGGCAUGUGGAGUCCCGCGCAACACGGAGAGUGUUCACUUAUGCGUGGCAGAGCUGGAGAUAUCGUCUAUCUCUUCACUCUGGCUCUUCAAGAUGAUGUCGACGAUGUUGACUUGAGUUGGUGGCAUGAAAAAUUCUCUAUUUUGGAUCAAAUUGGAUAUGGAAUAUCGAUCCUGAGUCUAGUAAUCGCACUGUCUAUUUUCGCAAUAUUCUCGCAGUUGCAGGAUACGCGAGUGAAGGUUCACAUAAAUUUAUUUACAGCCAUGUUGCUACAGUCUUUAAUGUCCCUCACUCAAAAUUUCUUUUAUGGCUGCAAAAUAUACUUUACUAUUCUAAUGAGCUCACACGGUUAUGAUGCGUCAUGCUCUCACAUCUGCAGGACGCUCAUGACUUUGAGCCAUUACUUUGAGCUCACUAUUUUUACUUGGUUGUUAAUUGAAGGCUGGUAUUUCUACAGUUACAUAUCUCGAGCGCCUUACAAAGAAUAUAUUACCAUAAUACCGCACAUUUUGGCUGGCUGGGGGAUGCCAUUAACAGUGAUGAUACCAUGGGUUCUUGUUCACAUAUAUUCCACUCAAACGAAUUUUUGCUGGGUCGACGUUGACAUAAAGAUUAACAUUGUGGCUAUUCCAAUACUCCUUAUAGUUUUGGUGAAUCUAUGCUUUUUUAUACUGAACGUGAGAAUCAUUUUCAUCAAAAUGAAGAGCACACACAUGUCGCAUAGAAGAAUGGACUACUGGCGAUGGAUCAAAUCUUCUCUAAUGCUUGUACCACUUUUUGGUACCUAUGACAUUCUUUAUGGCAUUUGGCCGUGGAUCGACGAUCAACAAACGAAAAUCGCUUUCUUGCUAAUUGUGCGAUUGAUAUGCUCAUUUCAGGGAUGCAUAGUCGCGGCUCUAUACUGUUUCUCAAACGGCGAAGUCAAACGAGAGAUCAGAAGGGCUUGGAAUACGUGGAAAGUGAAAAGAGAGAUUCAGACAGAAAUUUCAAGACACCACAGCACCGAAACCUUGAAUAAAAUUCGAUUCAAUACGCUCAAUAAGACAAAUAGCAGGGACGAAUUUAAAAAUAUGGAUUUCAAUACCUACUUUUGAUCUUACUGCUUAUAACACUGUUUAUCUAGUAAAUUGCGGCAUCGUUUGCGAUAGUAAUCUAAGCCUUAUUUAUAAUUAGAGCAUGUAACAUUUCUGUUAGUUAUGCUGUCUGGAAUUUAUGUGUCUAAAGAAUAGUGUAUUGCACAACAAUCAAACGUAUGCUCCGAACGUCUAAUUAUCUCGUGAAAUACACAAGAAAAGGCCAAAUGAAUUAUGCUGCAGCUCCGAAAAGCGCAAUAUCCCUACGCUAUCCUUAUUAAUUUUGCUAAUUUAAUAAACGAGCGAGUAAAGAGA